AUGACUAAAUUCGACCAAUCAACGACAAUGAGCUAUGGUACAGUUGGUGGCAGUGGUAAUGGUAUCAACGACAACACUAACAAAAAUACACUCACUGACACCGAGCAUCAUCAACAUGUUGUGAAAAAAUCCACCGAACCAGGUGUUAUAAACGAUGCGAUGCUAAAAAAUCUGUUACACGUACAUGGUCCACAUGGUGAAGCGGCGGCUCUUUGCCGUAAUAUUGCCAUUGAUUAUGCCACAAUAACCGAACUUUAUCUUGAAUAUCAAAAUAUUAUCAAAAUUGAUCAUAUUUGGAUGUGCUUUAGCUUACAAAAAUUGUCACUCAAAUCGAACAAACUAACAAAAAUCGAAAAUUUGGAUAAUUUAAAAGAGCUUCGCCAAUUAGAUCUAUCGUUUAAUUUUAUUAAAACUAUUGAGAAUUUGGAAUGUUUACGAAAAUUGGAGUAUCUUACAUUGUUUCAGAAUGAAAUACGGAAAAUCGAAAAUCUGCACCAAUUGGAACAUUUGACGCGACUGAAUUUGGGAAACAAUUUCAUCGAGACAAUCGAAGGAAUUGAGAGUCUUCGUUACAAGAAACAAUUGUUCUCUUUGAACUUAGAGGGGAAUCCUAUUUGCGAUAAGCUCACCGAUAAUAUUGAUUUUCGAUUGUACGUGGCUGCGUAUUUGCCCAAACUCAAAUAUUAUGGUUAUCAAGUCAUCACUAAUGCAGAACGAGAUGAAGGUCGAGAGAUUUACAAGAAUAAAUUGCGAAUGUUGGAGGAACAUGAAUCAGAGAUGUCGAUACUACAACACGAGCAAUCACUUGAAAGUGAACUUUUGCGUCUAUCACAUUCAAGCUUUGUGGAGGAUCUAGAUAAAAAUCAACUAUUUGAAUCACUUUUUACAAAUAGUUUCGACAACAUUGUAUCGGACACUGGUGAAACCAAACAAAAUGACACAAACAAAUCUGAUAUUCAACUAUACCGUAAUCGAGUUUGUGCCGUAACGCGAGAAAUAUAUGUGUAUGGCGUUCGGUGCCAUGACGAGCAUGCUAAUGAAAUCAAACUGUUUGAUGAGGCUUUGGCCAAAAAAGUGAUUUCGUAA